GCGAUGCGCCGAUGGGUUUCACCGAAAACAACUCCCUAACCUACCUAUCCACGAGCAAUCCAUGCCUAGACCUCUUCUUCCACGUCGUCCCCGACACGGAUUCCGAUUGUCUCACCGGAAUGUUGAAGAAAUCCUGGGAUUUCAACUCGCUGACCACUCUGAAACUGGUAUGCAAUCUGCGAGGCGUCCGAGGCACCGGAAAGUCCGACAAGAAGAAUUUCUACAGGGCGGCGCUUUGGCUUCACCAGCACCACCCCAAAACCCUAGCAUCCAAUGUCGGCGUGUUGGCCGAAUUCGGCUACUUCAAGGACUUGCCGGAGAUCCUCUUCCGCCUCCUCGAGGGACCUGAAGCCCGAUCCAUCGCGAUGAGUGAGUGGAAGAUGAUGAAGGGUAGAAAAGGCAAAGGGGAGAGCCGAAAGGAGAGGAAGGAAAGAAGAAUCAACUCCAACAUGGAGAAAUUGAACUUGAAUGAUCCGGGAGAGAAGGCUAGGAUUUUGAGGAAGGAGAGAGCGGUUGUCAAGGCUCAGAAGGCCUUUGGGAGGUACACUCGCGACCCCCAAUACCAGUUCUUGCAUGACAAGAUUUCUGAUCUCUUCGCCGAGCGUCUCAGGUCCGAUAUACAUUGUUUGAAAACUGGAAUGAUGAACAAGAUCAGUUUGGCAGGCAAAUGGUGUCCUUCAAUCGAUUCUUCGUACGACAAGUCGACUCUGAUUUGCGAAAGCAUUGCCAUAAGGGUUUUUCCUCGUGAGGAUUAUGAAGAGUACAGAGAAAUUGAAGAAGCACAUUAUGUAUAUAGAGUCAGAGACCGGCUGAGGAAGGAAGUGCUCGUGCCUCUUCGUAAAGCUCUGGAGUUACCGGAGGUCUAUAUGUGUGCAAAGCAGUGGAACACACUUCCUUACAAUAGAGUUGCUUCAGUGGCAAUGAAGAAGUACAAGAAGGCCUUCCUGCAACGCGACAACGAGAGGUUUGCAGGGUACCUUGAGGAUGUGAAAAUUGGGAAGGCGAAAAUCUCGGCCGGAGCAUUGCUUCCCCAUGAGAUUAUAGCCUCUUUGAGCGACGAAGAUGGCGGAAAAGUUGCAGAGCUUCAAUGGGCUAGAAUGGUAGAGGACCUUGCAGGGAAAGGGAAGCUGAGAAAUUGCAUUGCAGUGUGUGAUGUAUCGGGAAGUAUGAAUGGUACACCUAUGGAGGUUUGUGUGGCUCUGGGAUUGUUAAUUUCGGAGCUCAGUGAAGAUCCAUGGAAAGGGAAAGUGAUUACUUUCAGUGCAAAUCCUCAGCUUCAUGAGGUGGAAGGAGAUAGUCUUUUAGAGAAGACUUCAUUCGUGAAGAGAAUGGGUUGGGGUGGAAAUACUGACUUCCAGAAAGUUUUUGAUAGAAUAUUGAAAAUUGCUGUUGAUGGAAAGUUGAGCGAAGAGCAGAUGAUAAAGAAGAUCUUUGUUUUCAGCGAUAUGGAGUUCGAUGAGGCAUCCAGGAAGGUUACAUCUUAUUCAGAGAGUGAUUCAAAUUCUGAAGAUGCAGAGAAUGAUUCAGAAACUGACGAUGAGGAGGCAUAUGGGUAUGGCCUGCGGUGGGAAACAGAUUAUGAAGUCAUACAGAGGAAAUUUCAGGAAAAUGGAUAUAGUAAGGUGCCAGAGAUUGUGUUCUGGAACCUUAGGCACUCCUCAGCUACUCCGGUCACGGCCAAGCAGAGUGGUGUGGCGCUGGUAAGCGGCUUCUCAAAGAAUAUGGUGACUAUGUUCUUGGAGGAAGAUGGAAUUGUCAACCCAGAGUUUAUAAUGGAGAAAGCUAUCUCUGGUGAACUAUAUCAGAAACUCGCUGUAUAUGAUUGA